GCCUGUCCUACAGCCAUGGAUGUGCUGGGCGCUCAACCUCUGCACCGGGCAGCCGUCACAGCCCAGGAUGAAGCCAUCCAGUUCCUUAUCUCUGAGCUGGGUGUUGAUAUCAACGAGAGAGCGACAACCCUCCAGCUCACAGCGCUGCACUACGCAGCCAAGGAAGGACACGAGCGCACCAUCCAGACGCUGCUGUCACUGGGCGCUGAUGUCCACGUGAAGGAUGGGAAGAGCCGUUCCGCCCUGCACGCAGCGUGCGCUGGGCAGCACGCGGCCGCCGCACGGAUCCUGCUCCAUGCCGGGCUGCAGGAUGCCCUGGAUGACACGGGCACGCUGGCACAGCAGCUUGCAAAGGAGCCAGAUGUCAUCCAGGUUUUCCAGGAAAUGAAUGUCAGCACGUGA